GAGCAGACUGACUGUCAAGGAGGCCAGAACUUGGACCUAAAUCUUGUGUUCCUUCCAGGAUAAUCCAUUUUUCUUACUUCUCAUUCCUAGGUUACUGCUGCUGUUUGUUUCAAGGCCUCCGUUUUGUCUCUCCAUCUGCCUCCUUGUCUUCCCCCGUUUCUUUCUCUGUGUCUUGUGUCUUUUGUCUGCCCAGGCUUCUCUGUGCCUCUUUUUUCCUCCUCUUUCCUUUUCCUCUCAGUCUUCUCUGUAUUUGUUACCUCAGCUCUUUGGGUUAGUGUGUCCGGCUGGGCACCCUGGCCAUCUCUUUCCAACUGUUCACAUCUGUCUCCAAGUGCCCGGCUCUCCUGAGUUCAAGGCAGGGGCCUGCCGCCACCCCUGGGGUUCAGGACAUGGGAGGUCUCAGCAGAUCUCUGUCCGCCGGGGAGAGGCAGUGGUCUGUGGUGGUCAGAGCCGGCUCUGGAACCAGGCUGCUCGGGGGUUGAGGCCUGUGUCCCAGAGCGAGGGAGUCAACCACUCUUUGCUUCAGUUUCCUCCCCUGUGAGGGGUCUGAAUCGUGGAGCUGUGGAGAUGAACUGUUACCGUGUGUAAGGCACCCAGAAGCACACCUGGCCCAGGGAACGGGCUGUAUGCGGUGACCUGCCAGCCCCUGCCGCGGCCUGCCUCCUCCUGUCGCCCGGUUUCUGCACGCCCCGGGGGGCCUGCCCCCCCACCACUGCCUGGAGCCAUGUCGACCUCCUCGCUGCGGCGCCAGAUGAAGAACAUCGUCCACAACUACUCGGAGGCCGAGAUCAAGGUCCGUGAAGCCACAAGCAACGACCCCUGGGGCCCGUCCAGCUCCCUCAUGUCUGAGAUCGCCGACCUCACCUACAACGUGGUGGCCUUCUCGGAGAUCAUGAGCAUGAUCUGGAAGCGGCUCAACGACCACGGCAAGAACUGGCGACACGUGUACAAGGCCAUGACGCUGAUGGAGUACCUCAUCAAGACCGGCUCGGAGCGCGUGUCGCAGCAGUGCAAGGAGAACAUGUACGCCGUGCAGACGCUGAAGGACUUCCAGUACGUGGACCGCGACGGCAAGGACCAAGGUGUGAACGUGCGCGAGAAGGCCAAGCAGCUGGUGGCCCUGUUGCGCGACGAGGACCGACUGCGGGAGGAGCGCGCCCACGCGCUCAAGACCAAGGAGAAGCUGGCGCAGACCGCCACGGCCUCCUCAGCCGCCGUGGGCUCGGGGCCCCCGCCCGAGGCAGAGCAGGCCUGGCCGCAGAGCAGCGGGGAGGAGGAGCUGCAGCUCCAGCUGGCUCUGGCCAUGAGCAAGGAGGAGGCCGACCAGCCCCCGUCCUGCGGCCCCGAGGAUGACGUCCAGCUCCAGCUGGCCCUUAGUUUGAGCCGCGAGGAGCACGAUAAGGAGGAGCGAAUCCGGCGUGGGGACGACCUGAGGCUGCAGAUGGCCAUAGAGGAGAGCAAGAGGGAGACGGCUGGCCAGGAGGAGUCAUCCCUCAUGGAUCUUGCUGACGUCUUCACGGCCCCGGCUCCUCCACCGGCCACGGACCCCUGGGGGGGCCCAGCGCCCAUGGCCGCCGCCAUCCCCACGGCUGCCCCCACCUCAGACCCUUGGGGGGGACCCCCUGUCCCUCCGGCUGCUGAUCCCUGGGGUGGUCCGGCCCCUACACCGGCCUCUGGGGACCCCUGGAGGCCUGCGGCCCCUGCAGGGCCCCCGGUUGACCCUUGGGGUGGGACUCAGGUCCCAGCCGCUGGAGAGGGGCCUGCUCCUGACCCAUGGGGGAGCUCGGAUGGUGGGGUCCCCGUCAGCGGACCCCCGGCCUCUGAUCCCUGGGCACCAGCCCCAGCCUUCUCAGACCCCUGGGGGGGGUCACCUGCCAAGCCCAGUACCAACGGCACCACAGGGGCUGGGGGGUUUGACACGGAGCCCGACGAGUUCUCUGACUUUGACCGACUGCGCACGGCCCUGCCGACCUCCGGGAGCAGCACUGGGGAGCUGGAGCUGCUUGCUGGAGAGGUGCCUGCCCGCAGCCCUGGUGCGUUCGACAUGAGUGGGGUUGGGGGCUCUCUGGCCGAGGCUGUGGGGAGCCCCCCACCUGCCGCCCCGACCCCGACACCACCCACGCGGAAGACGCCUGAGUCAUUCCUGGGGCCUAAUGCAGCCCUGGUCGACCUGGACUCGCUGGUGAGCCGGCCGGGCCCCACUCCGCCAGGAGCCAAGGCCUCCAACCCCUUCCUGCCAAGUGGAACCCCAGCUGCUGGCCCCUCCAUCACCAACCCCUUCCAGCCCACACCCCCUGCGACGCUCACCCUGAACCAGCUGCGGCUCAGCCCCGUACCCCCGGUCCCUGGAGCACCACCGACCUACAUCUCUCCCCUUGGUGGGGGCCCUGGCCUGCCCCCCAUGAUGCCCCCGGGACCCCCAGCACCCAACACUAAUCCCUUCCUCCUAUAAUCCAGGGCGGGAGGGGGGCUUCCCCCAUUUCUGCUGCCUGGGCGACCAGUGUUGUGAGUGCAUGUGAAGUGGGGGACCCCUGCCCCCACCCAGUACCCUUACCCCUCCUGGGGCCCACUCACACUACACCCUCUUCCCACGCCCCCCACCCCGCCUCCCUGAGAAACUGGACAUGGGGGAUGGGCAGGGUGCUGGCCAGAGGAAGGUCCUUCCCAUGGCGUUAGAAGGGGGAGGGACGGCUGGGGGUCCCCCCACCUAGUCCCCUUUUCUCCAACUCCUGACUGGCCCCUCAGUCAGUGUUUGAGCCUCCUUGUCCCCUUCCACACCCCUCGGUGAAUCCUUGGUGAUGAUUUUGGCAACUUCGGGAAUAAAUGGCAAUUCUCAUGGGCACGGUG